AUGGGAGACCCACGUAUUCUAUUAGACCCUUCCAGGGUAUUUGACGAAGGGAUGGUUGUAGUUCUGGACUCUGUUAUAGACGCUAUGUUCGACUCUGGGACUGGGACCAAUCGUGAGAUCGCGCACAAGAUACUUGAACAGUUCCGUACAAUGCCUGACAGUUGGAAACAUGUGACUGUAAUUUUAGCACAUUCAAACAAUUCCAAUACCAAAUUCUUCGCACUACAGGUACUACAGGGGUGUAUACAGACACGAUGGAACAUAUUGCCUCUGGAAGAACGGUUAGGUAUACGCCGUUACGUUUCGGAGAUGGUUGUAAACUUGAGCAUGGAUGACGAGGCUUGUAACCGUGAGAAGCACUUUUUGACCAAAUUAAACGAGACCUUGAUACAAAUUGUUAAACGGGAAUGGCCAGAUCGAUGGGAAGACUUUAUACCAGAGAUUUGCAGAGCAUCACAAAUUUCACAGAGCCUUUGUGAAAACAGUAUGAGGUUACUUAACAUGCUGAGUGAAGAAUUGUUCGACUUUGGGGAGGACCAUAUGCAAAGCCGCAGAGUACAACAGUUAACAGCUCGUAUGAGUGCCGAUUUUCGAAAUAUAUUCGAUAUAUGCCUAUUUGUUAUGCAAACUGCAAUUAAUAAUCAAGAUACCAUAAGAGUAUCCUUGAUGAAACAAACGUUGAAAUGCUUGGCGCACUUUUUGAAAUGGAUUCCGGUCGGCUACAUAUUUGAGCAGUACACACACAACAAUGGAAGCGUUAUAUUGGUUGACCUUCUACUCGAUCACUUUUGGGAUCCCAUUAUGUAUCGUGUUGAGUGUACCAAGUGCUUGACAGAGAUUGCCAGCCUAUCACUUUCUUCGCAGGAAUUGCAGCUGUUUGGAGUACGUAUAGCUAACAUGUGGCCGAAACUAGUGGCUAAAAUGUCAUCAUUACCACAAAAUUCAAUGAGCUAUGACGAUCCGAACCAUGUAGCACCAAACAUGCGCUUAUUUUGGGAAACUUUCUAUACACAGUUUAGCAUAUGCUGUACCAACUUCCUGAAAAACUUCCGUGAAUCCAUUGUUGAACGAGAUAACAACAAUCACCAAUCGUUGAUAUAUGUAUUGGAGCGCUUAGUUCAAAUAACGGAUAUCAACCAUGAAGAGACAUUCAAGAUCUGUAUUGACUACUGGCAUACUUUUGUAACCUCCGUUAUGCGUGAAGUUAAGGAUCAACAACGACGACACGCUGCUGAUCGUGGUAUUAUUAUCCGUGAAGGCGGAGAAAUUGAAACUUUCCAUCCACAGCAUAUCAACUUGAACCAGACAUAUGAACCCAGCCGUUUAGUUAUAUACCGUACUGUUUUGGUUGAGUUGCAAAAGGUAUUGAUUAAGAGGAUGGCAAAACCACAGGAAGUAUACAUUCUAUAUGAUGCUGACGCUUGUGAAGUUACUAGGGAAUAUAACCCUAAUACAGCAGAAAUUGCACUUUACAAUAGAAUGAAAACGGUAUUGAUAAUGUUAACUACAUUGAUACCGGAUGAUACGGAACGCAUUAUGAUGGAUGUGCUUGACCAUGAAAUGGAGCUUGCAAAUUCCGGCAGUAGACAUGAUACCUGGGAUCCUACAAUACUCAACCGUCUUUGUUACAGUGUCGGUUCCAUUUCUGGAGUUAUGAAUGAAACUGUAGAGAAACGUUUCUUGGUACUGAUCAUCAAAUGUUUACUAAACAUUUGUGAGGUAAAGACCGCUACAGGGGAUAAGGCUAUUGUGGCUUCGGAUAUCAUGUACGUUGUAGGUCAGUAUCCACGUUUCUUGAAGAAUAAUUGGAGGUUUCUGUGUACUGUACUGAACAAGUUGUUCGAAUUCAUGAGGGAGACUUUUCCCGGGGUACAGCAGAUGGCCUGUGAAACCCUCUUGAAAAUCACACAUUCAUGUAAAAAGGCUAUAGCUACACAAAAUUCUACAAAAGGACCUUAUGUAGAAGAACUGAUACAGUUACGUGAUCCUAUGACCAAUGUACUUGACGAGCGGUUGAUUCUAUGGUUUUACGAAUCCGUUGGUAACGUUAUAUCUGCUGUUGAUAUCAAUGCUCGUGAACAGACGAUUAGUAAGCUUAUGGAGCGGUGCAACCGUGAAUGGCAAGAGAUCAUGCCACAUUGCGGUAACCCGAACCUGUUAACCAAUGACCCUAACGUCUGGCGUGAACUUCAGAAUGAGGUGAUAUACCAGGUGGAAACUACCCGUUCCAUCAUUCAGCAUUUGCGCAUGAAUAACCGGGUUGCUAAGAGUACCGGGUUUGCCUACACCCAGCAACUAUUAUUGAUGUACCCGGGUAUAACACAUCUAUACAACAUCUAUACCUGUUAUAUCCAGCACGCGGUCCAAGCUGCGGGUCCGGCAUGUCUGAAGCACAACAAUGUGAACUUGAUGCAUCUGGUAAGGAGGUCGAUAUUACAUUUAUUGGAGACCUAUAUAUCUCAUCUUCCUAACAAGUUAACUCGUAGUUACUCAGAUCCUUCUGUAUCUGGUGGGAAUACUAUAGACGACGACGGUAUCGACCUUGAUCAUAUGGAUGAGCUUUCGGUUCGCAAUUACAACGACGUUUUGAACAAGCUGGUUAAUUCUAUAACCUCGACGGUUCUUGUAACGUACCGUAACUCGUUAGCUGAAACUCGCGAUCAUGAGGUGAUAUGUUUGGUCACCACAUUGAUCGAGAAGCUGGGUAACAACGGGGCACCAGUCCUCCCACAGAUUUUCGAGCAGAUUUUUGACUGCACCCUUGAUAUGGUGAAAAUGGACUUCCACAGUUUCCCGGAACAUCGUGAGCAGUUUUAUGAGAUGUUACAGAAAUGCACUAAAGCGUGCUUCGAAGGUAUACUAUUAUUACCUAGUGAGCGUUUACGUGCCUACGUGAUGUCGUUGAUUUGGGCCUUCAAGCACGAGCACCCAUCUGUGGCGGAGAAGGGUCUAACAGUAGUUCGUGAAUUUUUGAAUAACCUCAUGUUAUUGGAUCGUCGUCAGGAGAGUGCACAUCGUUCUACUGGUGUGCAGCAUAUGUCUGCAGUACUAAGUUUCUGCCAAAGCUACUACUAUUUGCUAUUGAAGGAGACUCUGAGUGUGUUAACAGACACUUUGCACAAAUCUGGUUUCCGUUUACAGACUGAGAUUUUGCGUAUACUUAUCCGCUUUAUGGAGUAUGGUACGGUAAACGACCCUGGUUCUGAAUUAACACGUGUCCAUGUGAUGAAAUUUUUGGUUGAUUUGAUAAGUCGUAGUUUCGUCACAUUGAACAUAAAACAGGUUGAAGCUUUUGUUGUGGACCUCUUUAACUUUGCUGGCGAGACCAUUGCGGAUCAGAGCGACUCAUUGAACUACAACGGUCAGCCUAUGAAAUUCCAAACCCAUGUGAAAGACUUUCUACUUUCAUUAAAGGAGUUUUCGGGUUCUGGUGAAGACUUUGACCGUAUAUUCGAGCAAGAGCGUCAAAACGCGAUAGACCGUGCUCGUGUGAUAGAGCAGCGUAAGCAGCACCAGCAGUUGCAGCCGACGAAGGAGGUUGCGUUGGACUAG